AUGGGGUGUUCACAUAAAUGGGUGUGCAUGGUUAUUCUUUUGAUCGCCAUUGGGUCUCAAUUGAGUGUAAUUUCUCUUGGAGAUCAGAGUGUUGAGAAGGAUAGGUGGGUUGGUAAUGAAUGUGGAUUUGGACGGAAAGGUUGUGGUAGUCAAAAAACUGGUGGUCUUGGUGGGGGUGGUGGGUUUGGAGGGGGUGGUGGUGGAGGGUUAGGGGGAGGUUCAGGAGGUGGCGGCGGGGUUGGAGGUGGGGGAGGAGUUGGUGGUGGUGGUGGCAUUGGCGGUGGUUUUGGGGGUGGUAGUGGUGGAGGCGGUGGUGUAGGGGGAGGUGCAGGAAGUGGUGGCGGGUUUGGUAAAGGGGGAGGAGUGGGUGGUGGUGUUGGAGGAGGCGGUGGUGUAGGGGGAGGCUCUGGAAGUGGUGGCGGGUUUGGUAAGGGUGGAGGAGUCGGUGGUGGCAUUGGCGGUGGAAGUGGUGUAGGGGGAGGCUCUGGAAGUGGUGGUGGGUUUGGUAAAGGGGGAGGAGUAGGUGGUGGUGUUGGAGGUGGUGGUGGCAUUGGCGGUGGUAGUGGUGGAGGCGGUGGUGUAGGGGGAGGUUCAGGAAGUGGUGGUGGGUUUGGUAAAGGAGGAGGAGUGGGUGGUGGUGUUGGAGGUGGUGGUGGCAUUGGCGGUGGUAGUGGUGGAGGCGGUGGUGUAGGGGGGGGUUCAGGAAGUGGUGGUGGGUUUGGUAAAGGGGGAGGAGUGGGUGGUGGUGGCGGCAUUGGCGGUGGUAGUGGUGGAGGCGGUGGUGUAGGGGGAGGUUCAGGAAGUGGUGGUGGGUUUGGUAAAGGAGGAGGAGUGGGUGGUGGUGUCGGAGGUGGUGGCGGCAUUGGUGGUGGUAGUGGUGGAGGCGGUGGAGUAGGGGGAGGCUCUGGAAGUGGAGGCGGGUUUGGAACUGGAGGAGGAGUGGGUGGUGGUGCCGGUGGUGGUGUUGGUGGCGGAAGUGGUGGAGGUGGCGGUUUAGGAGGAGGUUCAGGGAGUGGAGGGGGUUUCGGAGCUGGUGGUGGUGUAGGUGGAGGAAGUGGAGGAGGUGGUGGUUUAGGUAGUGGUGGAGGAUUCGGGGCAGGAGGAGGAAUAGGAGGCGGUAGUGGAGGUGGCGGAGGAGUAGGUAAAGGUGGUGGUUUUGGCGCUGGUGGUGGAGCAGGUGGAGGAGUUGGUGGUGGCUUCUAA